AUGUUAUUGCAAAUCUCGUUCUUUCUAUUUGGAUUUGCUCUCUCAGCCUUCCUAUGGAGUCAGCAAGGAGCUGCAGCAAACGCUGUUAUCAUAUUGAUGGCGGUUGGCUUGUUUUUUUACCUAUUCACUGUCUUCGCCUCUGUGACAUUACCGGAAUGUCCCUUUCAAACCCCUACUUCACUAUUCCUUCGUUUCAUCUGGAGGCGCCUCCAAGUCACAGUUGCGGGAUGGAAAGAGAGCAAGGAGGGGUAUUCAUCACCCGACCCUGGAAAGCUUAAGGAGACUCAGGCGCUGACCCUAGCACGAUCGAUGCGGUGGAUACUCAACACUUCCACAGAUCCAGAAGUGAUCACUUCGGCUGCUUGGUUGCUGCCAACUAUCAAAUGGACCCCCGAGGUGAACGUGACAGCUGUAUGCUCACGAUUGCUGCAAACUUUCACGGCGUGCUUCCAUGCUGAUGCCUUGCUCAGUCAUUCGGCACGCCAAAGAGCUCUUGCGUGCGGGAGAGCCUUGCACCAUCUCAUAUGCAAUGAAACUAUCGAGACCGUCAUUCCCUCGGAUUUCAUGCGCUUUGAUGAUUGGUCUGAUUGGCGUCAUCUCAGUCUUCCCUGGGGACUUGAGAGGUGUAAAGAAUAUUUUGUCCAGUACACCACAACUCUCGAAACAGAUUAUAAAGACAAUGCACGCCUUGCCUUGCAACUCGCUGUCGUGACCGGCUGCGAAGGAUUUCUGAAACCAACUGAUGUUGCAUUGAUCUGGGACGGUGUCUUCCACUGGAAGGACGACUCGCGUACCGCAGAAGACUUUGAUUGGCUCGUGGAUUUCCUGGUGCACUUCUGGAAAGUCACAACGAGAAACUUCCAUGCCAUGGGAGAUGCGCUGCUCGCAUUGAGUGCCAUGCGGGGUAUGGGAAGUGUCACCAGACGAGACAAUCACCUUGACGCCAUCAUCUUCGCCAUGGACCCAAAUAAACCAUCCCGGCUUCGUCAUACGGCCCUUCGAGCUAUAUUCGAUGCCCGUUUUAAACUAGUGGAGAUAGUUGAUCAGGAGAAGGGGGAAUUUAGGGAGAAGUUGUUAAAGGAACUCGCCCCAGCUAUGUUCACUGCAGCCAAACCCAUCGCGUCACAGCGAUAUGACGAUGAUCCGGACGCUCUCUUUAAUCCCAGACGUGAUGACUGCUAUCUACGGCUAAUUUUCACUCUGGCCAAGCAAAGUGAUUGGAGUGCCCAUCUAAAGAGAGCCGGUCACAUGGAGCGAUGCACAUCUUUGCUAGAACACGUCAUCAAGAACAGUUCAUCGAUGUCAUCUGUCACAACUCAUCCUUACUAUCUAGCGGGCACAUUGAUACGGAUGAAUGCCUCGGGGGGUUAUCGAAGCUCGUUGGGGCGGGCUACCCCAGCCUCUGCUCUGGUUGUGCCUACGAACAUAGUAUCCCGCACCACUAGAAACCUUGCAGCCCUACUGUCCGCAGACCCAGGGGCUCCUACUCCACCGGGCUUUCUGGAUAACAUAUCUGAGAAAGAAUGGUGGGAGCUCCUCAAAGGAGCGUGGUGGGCUAUGCAUUUGAAUGACCUCCACCUUAAGCAAGAAGCAGUUGAGGUCCUUCCUGACAUUGUCACGUACACUCUCAAUCUCCUGGAAACACAGCCUGCUCAAUAUGACGCGGCGAGUCUUGUUCGAUCGGUGGAUCGGAUAUACGAGGCGCUCGAUGAUGGUGAAGCGAAGUUGUGUGUGAAACGCCUACAGGAUGCGCUGGGAAAUAUGGUAGCAGGCAUGCCUACAAGACUCCGUCCGCUGGGAUCUAUCGUGAUUAAACGCAGGCAAAGUAUCGGUUAG